GAUCAGGCCAGCCUGGAGUCGGAGAAGCAGAAGAUCAACUCCGUGGUGAGGAACCUGCAGCGGGAGCUGGAAGAGAGCGCGGAGGAGACGGGGCAUUGGCGAGACAUGUUCCAGAAGAACAAGGAUGAGCUCCGCAGCACCAAGCAGGAGGCCAAGCGGUCGCUGGAGCCCCGGCUGGAGGAGCCGCAGCGGAGCCUGGCCCGGCUGACGCAGGAGCACCAGGAGCUGAGCGCGUCCCACCAAGAGGAGCAGCAGCAGAAGGAGCAGCUCAAGCGCGCCAAGAGCGAGCUGGAGGAGCAGAAGCGCCUGCUCGACCGCACCACGGAGAAGCUGAACAAAGAGGUUGGGGUGCCCGGGCAGCUCCUGCAAGCACCCAGUGCCUGCUCGGAGUCCGGGGUCCUCCGGGCUGCCCUGGCAGGGCUGCACCCCCCCAAGUCGCAGCUGGAGGAGUUCAAGGAGAAGUCGCGGAAGGAGAUCACGGACUCCCAGAAACAAGCCAAGGACCGGGGUGCUGAGGUGGAGAAAAUGCAGUUCAGCGUGGGACGGCUGCAGGACGAGGUCGCCCGGCUGAAGCAGGCGCUGCAGGAGAGCCAGGCGGAGCGGGAGAGCGUGCUGCUGGACAAGGAGGUGCUGCUCCAGCGCCUGCACAACCUCGAGCAGGAGAUGGAGACCAAGAAGCGCUCCCAGGACGAUCGCUCGCGGCACGUCAAGGCGCUGGAGGAGAAGUCCAAGCUCCUGGAGGUGGAGCUGGACGAGGAGAGGACGACGGUGGAGCUGCUGACGGAGAGGGUCAACCGGAGCAGAGACCAGAACAAGGAGCUGAAGAGCCGCCUGGCCAGCUCCGAGGGGCUGCAGAGACCCAGCAGCAACGUCUCGCAGCUGGAGGCGCGGGUGGAGGAGCUGCAGGACAAGCUGCAGGCAGAGGAGAGAGGACGGGCAGAGCCAUGGGUGUGCGUGGCCGUCGUGGAGAGCGUGAAGGUGCUGCGGCUGACGCUGCCGAAUGACCUCCCAGGCGACAGGCACGAGCAGGCGAAGCAGAAGCCGGUGGGAAAAGCCUUCGCCAUGGUGGCCGACAGGUCCAGCAACGGUCACUCCCUGGCCUCUGAAUGCGUGAAAUCCAAUGACGGCGAUGAGGAGAUCAUCAAGGUUUAUCUCAAGGGGCGAGCAGAGGGCAGCGUCAGCCACGAGGAGCACGUCAGCCAGCUGAAAAGCGAAGUUCGUUACAUCCAAGAGGCUAGAAGUUCUUUGAAGAAGCUGCGGGAAGACUUAAGUAGUAAACUUGAGAACAGACAAGGAGAUAAACAGCACGCACAGGUAACGGGAGUCGUGCUGGAAAAGCAGAACGGGAGCUGGCUGUACCCCGAGAGGCUGCGUGCCGCGUCUCCGCAGGAGGAGGACUGCUCAGGUGAAGACGUGGAAAAGAUCCGACAGACGGCAAAGAGGCUGUUCACCAAGCUGCAGGAGGCUGAAAAGCGCCAUCAGUUGGAAAAGAAAGCCUUCGAGAGGACGAUCUCGCAGUACCAGGAGGAAGCGGAGCAGACGAGCUCUGCGCUGCGGAGAGCGGAGAAGAGCGUGGUGGAGAAGGAGGUGCAGGUGGAUGAGCUGCAGAGACUCCUGGCAGGGAUGGAGAAGGAGCACAGGAGUUUGCUGCUGAAGAUGAAAGAAGGCGAAGCAGAGCUGGCGAGGCUGAGAAGCGUGGAAGGUGACAAGCUCGCCGAACAAGACCGGUCAGCCCAGCUGGAGAAGGAGGUGGCCACGCUGCGGGAGAAGAUCCACCAUCUGGACGACAUGCUGAAGAGCCAGCAGCGCAAAGUCCGCCAGAUGAUUGAGCAGCUCCAGAACUCCAAAACGGUGGUUCAGGCCAAAGACGCUGUGAUCCAGGAGCUCAAGGAGAGAGUCGCUUACUUGGAGGCUGAGAACCUGGAGAUGCACGACCGCAUAGAGCACUUGAUCGAGCAGCAAGUCAGUCGGGGCGGCCACAGCUCCAGAGCGCGCUCGAAGUCGGAGUACGUGAGCAGCAAAAGGCCAACGGGCCCCAAGCCGCUGCCUCUCAUUCGAGUAGUGGAAACAUGA